CAUAUAUAUAUAUGCAGUCGUACAGUGUUCAGGUCUGUUUACAAGGAGGUAUGCUGUAUACAGGAAGCUAUACAUGCUGUAUGUACCUGGAGUAAUAACGCACCUCUGAAUAUUGGACCCACAGUGUAAUAUUAGACCAACUCUGAGUCAUGAGAGAGUUGUUCCCCCUGCUGCUGCGCCACACUCCUCCACCCCAGCUGCCUCUGUCCAUCCAUCCAUCCCUGUUCCCCCACCUAAAAAUACACUCCUGCUCUCACUGAGGAAAAUCCCUGUGCCUUGACCUAGCUUGAAAACACACACACAUGCACACACUCGCACACACAGUGACUGGCCCUCUCCUUGGAAACUAUUCCUCUCUAGUUAACUGGAUGAAACACACAUUUCUGGAAGCCACUGGGUGACGCAACUGAAGCUCAGGAAGUGACUUGAGUUCUAACUAUGAGCUCAGUUUAACAAAACAAUGUGUUGUAUGUAUUUCAUGCUGAAGCACUGGGGCUUAUAUGAGAGCUUGCACGGUUAUGCGGCUGCAGGAGACCUGGGUGUGCAGAGCUGAUUAAGUGAAAUGGUCAGAUAAGCCUGUUCCAGUGACACAGACAGUCAGGAUCAAAGUCUACAGGUAUGGCUGAAGACUGUCACCUCAGUGGCUUCACACAGACCCAGCCAGAUAAAGACCUUUGCAUACUGCUGCAUCACCAGUAGACUCUCUUUGCAUAUCCUGUCUCUCUCUCUCUUUCUGUGUCUCUGUCUCUGCCUGUCUGUCUGCUACAGGCAGUACAGUCAAUGAAGGAAGGAGGGAGGGUGAACUCGAGGCAGGCGGACAUAUAUUAUAACAAGGCUUGACUAAGCGGUGUUGUCUCCAUGUGGAUCACUGCCAGACACAGAGAGACAAGUUGUCAAUGAGGAGCUGCUGCAGUUGUUUGGUUGAAACUUUAGCUGGAGUUCAUAUCAGGCGGUUUCAGGCUGAAUGACAGCGAGCAGGGCGGAAUCGGUUCCUCUUUGCUUCUGGUUUAAUUCCCAGCUCUGUGCUCGGUACAUGGCGACGUUUGUGAGCGUGAUUCAACUUAUUUCCAAUGAGCGCAAGUCGCAACUUGUGUGAAGUUCAUCAUCAUCAUCAUCAUCAUCAGGGGCAGCAGCGGCAGGAGCAGCAGCAGAAUAAGGAGAGGACCUUUUAAGGAGCUGAGUUGGAUUAUUGUUGCGCAGCAGAGGAGUUUUUCUUUCCCCCGUUGUAGUUUUAUUUCCACCACCAGAGGAAGUUAUGACUUCGGUAUGGAAGAGACUGCAGCGAGUCGGUAAAAAGGCUUCAAAGUUUCAGUUUGUUGCCUCCUACCAGGAACUGGUGUUGGAGUGUACAAAGAAAUGGCAACCAGACAAGCUGAGAGUGGUGUGGACCAGGAGGAACAGGCGCAUGUGCUCCAAGCUCCACAGUUGGCAGCCUGGAAUCAAGAACCCCUACAGGGGCAUGGUGGUGUGGCCUGUUCCAGAGAACAUCGACAUCUCUGUUACACUCUUCAAGGAGGCCACUGCCGAGGAGUUUGAGGACAAAGAGUGGACCUUUGUCAUUGAGGGUGAGAACAAGGGGCAUCGUAAGGUGCUGGCGUCAGCAGACAUCAACCUGAAGCGGUUUGCAAGUCCGACGCCAACCCAGACUGACCUGACGCUCCAGCUGAAGCCGCUGUCUGUCAAAGUGGUGGAAGCGACGCUCAAGCUGUCACUGUCCUGUGUCUUUGUUCGAGAGGGGAAAGCCACUGAUGAAGACAUGCAGAGUCUGGCCAGCCUCAUGAGCGUCAAACCCACAGAUAUUGGCAACCUGGACGACUUCAAUGAGAGCGAUGAAGAGGAGGACAAGAAGUCUGGCACUGCUACAGUCGUUCCACACACUCUAACCCGCCCGAAUCGCCCUGCCCCCCCUCCACCUGACAAGCGAGACUCCGCUGGACCCACUUUCCCAGCCUCAGCCGGUGGGCGUGAUGGCAUCAACUCCCGCCCUCCUCUACCUAUUGCUCCUCGUCCCUCGCCCCGUCGCAGCCGACACCCCUUCACCACCGCCCCUGUGCAGUCAGAGAUCCAACCUUCCCCCUCCCCUCAGCCCUCACCCAGAUCCAAGCAUAAAAAAUCUGCCAACCCUCUUCUCCCUGAGGCUCCUGCUUCCUCUGACCUGUUACCUAAACCUCCGAGCUCCCAGUUUACAGCACCUACUCCCUCAAUUCAGAAUGCCCCUUCUGAUGUAUCUGCCAAAUCCUCCAAUGCUUCCCAAAACAUUUCUCCUUCCCUUCCUCCUCCUCUGUCUCCCAUAUGCUCUGAAUCUUUGCCCACUUCACCUGCAGCCUCAGAGGAGCCGUCUUUAGCAGCGCCCUCUAUUCCCCUGAAUGCUUCUUCAGAUACCCCCUCUAAACUGCUCUCUAAGCCACCCAGUGCCCCUGAAACAGGCAUCACCUCAUUUCCACCCAAACUUCCCUCUCCUGCAUUGUCAUCACCCCAGGAUAUCAUAACACCACCCUCUACGUCUCCACAAAAGUCCUCUCUCACUGUAUCCACCACUCUCACCCAUAAGACCAUCUCCACCGCCUCCCAUCUCCCCCCAUCCAAAUCCUCCUCUCCCCUAAAUCCCACCCUGUCCUCUGAGCCUCCAUCCGCUCACCCUCCAUUCACCCGGACUCUCUCUCAGCCACCCUCUCUGCCCAGAAUCUUCCAGUCAGGCUCAGGAAAAGUUCCUGUUUCACAUCAACGGCGCCCCCCAGAGGCUCAAACAGCAGAUGCUCUGACUUCAGUUUCUGGCCGUUCUCACAUUUUCAGACCUCAGCUUGUCAAGUCAAUCGCCCGCCCCUCCUCUCCCUCUCCUUUUGCCGCUGAUGCCCCCCCUCUUGAUUUGACACCUCCUCUCCCCAAAUCUCUCCCCUCUAUCUCAGAGUCUGAUAACCACUGUGAAAAAUAUGUGCUUCCUGCAGGUGCGCAGGAGGCAUGGUUGACAUCUGGUAGUGACAUCACUCCUGUCCCUCUGCUGAGCAGUCCUGACCUUGAUGCCCUCUGUGACCCUGUGGCUCCAGCACUUACUGCUUCCCUUCCACGUUCCUCACCCCCUCGCUCCUCUUCUCUUUCCACCUCUGUUUUAUUCUCCUCUCCUCACGCUAAGCUCGCUGUUUCUCCCUCUGCACCUCCUGCUCUAAUCAGCUCCUGUCAGUCAGGCUCGACGUUCCCCCAGGUAGACAAGGAAGCAACUCCGAGCCCUGUGAGCCGAGACAACGGUUCUCCUCAUAACAACCAGGCAGGGGCCAACAUCAGCACAGCCAAGGAUUCAAAGGCGGCCGUCACAGAAAACAAAGCUGAACCAGCAAGGAUCAGUCCUGCCCAGUCACGCUCAGAGCUGAUAGUAGCCCCGCCCCCUCCAUGGCCCUUCUCCUGUGAGAGCUCCACCCCUCAGCAGCCCUCCACCAAUGUUGUGGCGGCGUUUAUCACUCCUAAACAGCCAGUCGCUCAGAUGGAAGUUGAUUUGAUAAAGCCGACCAAUGAGUCGAGUCUUAUUUGCGCCUUUAAGGCCGAAAAGCCGCCACUGGCAAAGCCUGAGCCUGAGCCUGACUUUGAUGACAUCGUCUUUGAGUCAUUAAACCAGAGAGGAGAAUCAGGGGGCUUAUUUGUGGAUGAGGAUGACUCUAAGCGGGACACUAUCAAAAGGUGUCCUCCAGGUCUUGAACAGAAAACCAAUGAAAAGGCCGGUGGAGAAAAGCCGUCGCUGACAGAGCAGUUAGAAGGAGCAGCGGCAGAGAAGGAGGUGAUGAUGAAGGCAGAGCAGGAGAAACAGAGGAAAAAGGAGGAGGAAAGGAGGAGGAAGGAGGAAGAGCAAAAAGUGAUGCUCCAGAAGCAGGAAGAGAGGAGAAAACAUGAGGAAGAGAGGAAGAGACUGUUAGAGGAGGAGAAGAAGAGGCUCUUGAAAGAGGAGGAGGAGGCCAAGAAGGAGAAUGAGAGAAGGAAAUCCGAGGAGGAGAGACUCUUGAAGGAGAGGAGGGACAAACAGGAGAAGCUGAGAGAGGAAGAGGAGAAGAGGAAGCAGGAUGAGGAGGAGAGGAGGAAGAAAGAGCAGCAGAGGGGACUCCUGGAGGCCGAGGAGGAAAAGGAAAAACUAAGAAGGGAGGAAGAGAGGAGACUUGAGAGAGAGAAAUUCUUGAGGAAAAUGAAAGAGGAGGAGGAGAAAAGGAUGGAGGAGAAGAGACUGUUUGAGGAGCAAAGAAGGAAGAGGGAGGAAGAGCAAAAGAGGCUCCUGGAGGAGGAAGAGAGGAGAAAGGCAGAGGAGAAACACUUGAAGGAAGAAAAAGAGAAGGAGCAACAGAAAAUGAAAGGGGAGGAAGAGAGGAGAAGGAGGGAGGAAGAGGAGAAGAAACAUCUUCAGGAGGAGGAGAGGAAGAAAAAUGAGGCAGAGCAAGAGAGGAAGAGGAAGGAGGAGGAGGAGAGGAGGAAAGAGGAAGAGAGAAAGAUAAAGGUGGCAGAGGAGGAAAGGAAGAAGAGGGAGGAGGAGAGGAGAGUCAAAGAGGCAGAGGAGAGAAGAAAGAAGGAAGAGGAAGAAAAGGCAAGAAUACUCAAAGAGGAGAAGGAGAGGGAGGAGAGGAGGAGAAAAGCGGAGGAGAAAAGACUUGAAGAGGAGGAGGAGAGGAGGAAAGAGAAACUCUUGAAGGAGCAAAAAGAAAAGGAGAGACGGCUGCAAGAGGAGCAAAGAAGACAGGAGGAAGCAAAGAAAAAGGAGGAGGAAGACAGGAAAAAGAAGGAGGAGGAACAGAAGAAGAAACUUCUGCAAGAGGAAGAGGAGAUGGAAAGAAGAAAGAAGAGGGAGGAGGAGGAAGACAAGAGGAGGAAGGAGGAGCGAGCAGCUCCGGUCUGCCGUCUGGAGGACAACAAGUCAGAUGAGGACAAGCAGAAGAUGAAAACUCGGGUUUCUCUUUCAUCUUUGCCACCACUUCCUGCUCCCCACCUCCCUCCUCCGGACAAAACCAGCAUUGCAUCCGAACAGCUGCCCUCACAAAUUCUCAGCCAAUCACAAGACAGAAAGACGACGCCUCAGUCGGUCAAUAAACCGAGCUCUGCCUCCAGUGAGCGUCUGGAACAAGCCUCUCUCUUAAAGGAAGGUUCAUUGUCAAACAUUGUUGUCCCGCAAAAGAAAGUAUCUGCUACAUGUACUCCACCUGGCAUCCGAUCAGGCCCCACUGUUCAGGAUAGACCGUUCGCAUUAGAGGUGUUGACCCUGGUGCCACCUCCACAGAGGCUGUCUGAGGCUCCUCUCUGGGAAGCUCUAGAAGGGAGAAGUGGGAGAGAUACACCUGAAAAAAUCUCUGCCAAGGAGGGUGCAAAACCUUUGUGCAGAGGCUCACACAGAGAAGAUGCUGCUGAGGUGGACAGCACUGUCAGGCAAACAAAAGACUCAGAAACACAUCAUAUAGUACCAUCUCCUCCUGAACCCUGCGCACCAUCAGUUAAAGAGCAGCCCAAAGAGCCAGAGGGACCCUGCGUGGAGCCUGCAACGUCACCCAACGUUUCCCCCAAACCAACCAUCGAGCGCUCGGCUUUGGCGCUUGAACCGCUGCUUACCUCAAAACCAGAACCAGGAUUGCGGCCGGAAUCAGUUCUCCAGCCAUCAGGAAAACCACAACAGGGGGGAGCAGAUGAGGAGAAACCAGUCGAGGUCAUGGCUGGUGGUCAGGAGAGAUCCAUCAACAAUAAGGAGCCAGUGUGCGAGGCAGAAAAGCAGCUGUGGGCGACGGUGGAGGAGACCACAGUGGAGACAGGAGCGGAAAGAGGGAUGGAAAGUAGUGAGAGCACUGAAGAGAAGGAUGAGAAGCAGGAGGAGGGUGGUGUAACAGGGGGUGCCCAGAAAUAUGCACACACAGAGGCAGAUGUGUGUGUUACAGAGCAGCAGGAGGCUCCUGCUGGCUUCAUGUCAGCAGUAGCUGGGUUGUUGUAUAGAAGCUACGAAACAGUGGCUUCCAUCCUGCAGACUACUGGACCCACCGAUGCAGGUCCUCCACAGUGCUCUGCAGACCAACCGGGCCUCCUCAUAAGUAAUGAAGAUCCAUGUUUACAUGAAGCACAUGCAGAGACUCUGCCUUCUUCUGAGCCAGAUGAUGAGACACUGGUUCACAUUUCUCCACCCACGGCCUUCUCUGACACAACAGAAAACCAGAUGAUCAGUGAACAGACUAGAUUAGCUCAGAAACCUUCACACGGGCUGAGUCUGGUGGCGAGUCUGAGACUGGCAGCCAGUGAGCAUGAGAAGGAGAGGGAGCAGGAGAGGGAGAGAAGAGAGAAGGAAAGGAUAGAAAACAUGAAGAGGGAGGAACGAGAGAGGGCAGAGAGAGAAGAGGCAGAGAGGAAAGAGAAAGAGAGGGCGGAAAGAGAAAAGGAGCAGAGACAGAGGUUGGAAAAGGAGAGAGAAGAGAUGGAGAGAAAGAGGAUGGAGAGGGAGAAGGAGGAGGCGAGAAAGAGGCUGGAAAAGGAGAAGGAAGAGAUGGAGAGAAAAAGGAUAGAGAGGGAAAAGGAGGAGGCGAGAAAGAGGCUGGAAAAGGAGAAGGAAGAGAUGGAGAGAAAAAGGAUAGAGAGGGAAAAGGAGGAGGUGAGAAAGAGGCUAGAAAAGGAGAGAGAAGAGAUGGAGAGGAUAAGGAUGGAGAGGGAAAAGGAGGAGGCAAGGAAGAGGCUGGAAAGGGAAAAGGAAGAGAUGGAGAGGGAAAAGGAGGAGGAGAGACAGAGGUUGGAAAAGGAGAAGGAAGAGAUGGAAAGAAAGAGGAUGGAGAGGGAAAAGGAGGAGGAGAGAAAGAGGUUGGAAAAGGAGAUGGAGAGAAAGAGGAUGGAGAGGGAAAAUAUGGAAAGGAAAAGGAUGGAGAGGGAAAAGGAGGAGGCGAGAAAGAGGCUGGAAAAGGGAAAGGAAGAGAUGGAGAGAAAGAGGAUGGAGAGGGAAAAGGAGGAGGAGAGACAGAGGCUGGAAAGGGAGAAGGAAGAGAUGGAAAGAAAGAGAAUGGAGAGGGAAAAGGAGGAGGAGAGAAAGAGGUUGGAAAAGGAGAAGGAAGAGAUGGAAAGAAAGAAGAUGGAGAGGGAAAAGGAGGAGGAGAGAAAGAGGCUGGAAAAGGAGAAAGAAGAGAUGGAGAGAAAGAGGAUGGAGAGGGAAAAUAUGGAAAGGAAAAGGACGGAGAGGGAAAAGGAGGAGGCGAGAAAGAGGCUGGAAAAGGAAGAGAUAGAGAGAUUAAGGAUAGAGAGGGAAAAGGAGGAUAAGAGAAAGAGGCUGGAAAAAGAGAUGGCGGUACUAGAGAUGAAGCAAAGGGAGGAGAGGGAAAAGGCAGAGAAAGAAAGGAAGCAGCAGGAAGAAAAUGAGGAGAGGAAGAGAGAGAUGGAAAAGGAGGAGAAGAGGAGGGAAGAGGAGGAUAGAGUGAGGCAAAGGGAAGAGGAGAGCAAAGGAGAGAAACCACAACAGAAACAAAAGAUCAUUUCUGGCUCUACGUCACUGCAAAAGAAACAGGAAGUCAUGAACAGCCAAUCAAAUGACUGGCCUCCUCUGAGGGAAGCAGAGUUGGAUGAUAUUGCAUAUGAUGAGAGGCUGCAGGGUGAUGAAGAGCUGCCAGAGAGCAAGUCCAAAUCAGUGAAAAUGAAUACUGAAGUCAAACUGGUUUCAACCAGACCUGCUGAUUCUGUUCCUGCAGCCAAACCAACAAGCAAACUCGACUCCAGAUCAGUCAAACCCGAGGACUCUGUAACUGCUGUAAAGAAAGCCCUGGAAAACCCUGCUCUGAGAUCAGAUAAAAAAGGCAAAUCCAACCUGAAGUCUGGUUCCAUCCCAGUGUGGUUGAGAGAGGAGGAGGAGGAUGAGGAGGUGGAGUAUGAGAGAGGACAGGAAGAUCUUGGCUCAGUUUGGCUGGCUGAGCUGUACAUGGAGGGGGAAGCAGGCCCAAGCCACCAGUCCCUUGCUGUUACCCAGAUGCCCUCCUCACUUCCAUCCAGUGGACAAACCUUUUACCAGAGCGCUGCUGCCAGUCAGCCAAAUAAACCUGAACACACCCUAACCAGUCUGGCCGACCGUCCUCAUACUAAACCUCCAUCAGGGUCUAAGCAAGAGGAAGGAAUCAGUCAGACAACUAGUGUCAAACCUGCUCCCAAAUAUAGUGGAGCUCAAAAACAGAAAGGACAGAGAGAUGACACAAAAACUGGUCACAGCCUCGAGGUAGUGACCAAUGAGGAGGGAGAGCUUGUUCAAUCAUCUGUGGUGCCUUGGCCACUUCCUCUAAGCACAAACACUGCCAGCAUUCACUCACACACCAAGACACACACUGAUACAAACAUCAGUAAGAUAAACGAUGAUACAAACAUUACAGAAAUAGCUGCAGAGUCACACAAGAGUCUUGAGAUGAGAGAUGAUAAAGACAGAAGCCAGCCCAGUUUAAACAAGGACACACACACCACAAAGAGUGACAGUCCACAAAUUGGCCUUCACACACAAACACACACGCCUGACCUUAACCAUCGCACCAAAGAGCAACAGCUCCAAGAGGAAGAGAGGUUGUUAUUGGCUAAAAUCCACCUGAUGACAGGUGACACAUCCCCUGUCUCCAGCCCUCGGAGUAUGAAGCUCCUCAUCCCCGACCCCCGUGAAAUUGACUGUGACCCCACAGAGCUUGUAGAUCACAGACAGGAAUGGAUCAUUCCACAAUGUGAUAGCCUGCAGGAAAUAUCACUAACCGAGUCGGAAGAGCCACUGACCAGUGAGCUGAGGCGAAAUCAAGGAGGAGAGGAGGAUGUGCUAAAAGGCCAACCAGCUGACGUCCCGGAUGGUUUAGAGAAGAAACCACCACCGCAGCUUGAAGUUACCCCCAGUGGUAAACACACUGACAUACACAUCACUCCUCCCCAUCACUGUGAGAGGACAACAUCUCGACUUCCUACGUUACCAGAAGAAGAAACCUCUGACCUUAAGUCCGCUCCUCCUGCUCCAAUGGUCAGAGAGGAAGCAGAUGGGAAGGACGAUGCAGCAGAGGGCCUGGUGAACUCCAGCCAGUCGCUGCUCCAGUGGUGCCAGGAGAUCACCAGUGGGUACCGAGGGAUAAAGGUCACCAACUUCAGCACAUCCUGGAGAAAUGGCCUGGCCUUCUGUGCCAUCCUACAUCACUUCCAUCCAGACAAAAUAGAUUUUGACAAGUUGGACCCCCACGACAUCAAGAUCAACAACAAGAAGGCGUUUGACGGUUUCGAGGCGCUUGGCAUCUCUCGCCUGUUGGAGCCGUCCGACAUGGUCCUCCUAUCCGUCCCCGACAGGCUCAUAGUCAUGACCUACCUCAGCCAGAUCCGCUCACACUUCACCAACCAGGAGCUGAGCGUGCUGCAGAUAGAGCACAACAGCAGUCAAUCCAGCUACGGCCUCGCCCUCUCUGGUCCCGCUCCCACUAAUGUCGACGCUGCUGCUUUCUGCAUGGCCAGACUGAAUGAAGGAGUGAGCCUAGAGGAAGGAGGGAGCAGCACUCUGGUCGUCCCACCACCGAGGACCAAACGACUGCUUAAAGUUGAAGAGUCAUUAACCCCGGUCCCACCCCCACGGUCGGUAAACAAAUCAGUCAAACCUGGACCUGCUCAGGAUGAAGACACAAAGACAGGAAUCACUAGUAGUACAGAGUUGCAGAGUGCAGCUGAGACCCAGCCUCCCAAGCAAGAGGAGGAAACAAUGUGUUUGCAGGACACCAGCCAGUACGUGCUGAGUGAGCUGGCAGCGUUGGAGACGGAGCAGAAGCACAUCGACAGCAGAGCAGCUGUGGUGGAGAGGCGACUGCGAAGCCUCAUGGAAACAGGAAGUGACCGUGAUGAAGAGGAGCGACUGAUUCAGGAGUGGUUCACUCUGGUGAAUAAGAAGAACGCUCUGAUACGCAGACAGGACCACCUGGAGCUACUACAAGAGGAGCAGGAUCUGGAGAGGAGGUUUGAGCUUCUCACCAGGGAACUUCGUGUCAUGAUGGCUAUAGAAGACUGGCAGAAGUCGUCCACUCAGCAGCAGAGGGAGCAGCUGCUCCUUCAAGAGCUGGUGUCUUUGGUCAACCAGCGGGACGAGAUCAUCAGAGACAUCGAUGCCAAGGAGAGAGGGGCUCUGGAGGAGGAUGAGCGUCUGGAGCGCGGUCUGGAGAUGAGGAGGCGAAAAUAUAGCAACAAAGACAAAUGUGUCCUUCAGUGAGAAGAGAGGUCACUCACAAACAGCUUUUACAACUGCGACCCUGAAGUCCCAGAAGAUGAAUCUUGGUCAUAAUUUUCACAUACAAGAUUAAAACAGGACUUCGGGCCUCUGUAUUUCCCUGUUUUUUUUUUUUAUUAUAGUGCCUUUAUUUUCUUGGAGAACUGUUAAAAACCAUUAUGAGGAAGAUGUGGGCUGAUAAAUUAAUAUCUGGUUUUGUCAAAGUCUCAUUAUUUUCUGUUUGUCUUAAGUAUUAUUUUGAUUCUGUUCACAUAUUUUUAUUUAUUUAAAGAAUGCGUCAGAAUGUUGUACAUCUAUUGCACAUGUGUGUUGUGUGUUUGUGUGUGUAUUCAUCUGUGACUUUGUUCACCAUUUGAACACUGACUUCUCUUCCGCUUUCCCCCUCAACACAUUGAGAGCUUGUCAGAAUCUGUUGGCUUAUAACCAAAAUGUGCCUUUCUGUUUUUUCUGGUGAUUCUCGUCUUAUGUUUCUAUUUUAGAUAUUUCCACCCUGAAAGUAAAAAAUAUAUUUGGUUGUAACACGCCAAGACAUGUUAGGUAUAAAAACAACAAGUCAUGAGCUGGACUCAAACUCACAAUAUUGAUAAUACAGGGUGCAUGUUUUCACCUGAAGGAUGACCCCAACGUCACAUUUUUAUAAAGCAUUUCCACUUCCUGCAAUAUUGAUUUUCUUUUUUUGGACAUUAGAUGUUGAAAGUGUUCUCAAACCUUGUGUGCACACAGACCCUAAAUGCCUUAAAUCACCCAUAAAGUGUAUGGCUGUGAUGCUUGAUUCACAGAAAUGAACCUGUUUGCUCACUCCUGUGUCCUUUGACUACUGUAUGCAUGCUGUUUGAGGUGUGCUGAUAAAGUGGUACUCUGCUGCACAUCACUACUGUAUACCUAGCACACACUGUACACCUGAAGUUGCUGUCUAUAUUUAUGAGGUGAAGAUAUGAUGAAUGAUAUUGAUAAAUAUGUUGAAGAAACAUAAAUAUUGGUUGGUUGCUUA